AUGGGUAGAACACCCUGCACUGAAAAACACCACCUUUCUAAAGGACCAUGGUCUAAGGAGGAAGAUCAACUCCUCAUUCAUUAUAUCAACCGUCAUGGAGAAGGAAACUGGAGAUGGCUUCCUGAGGCAGCAGGUUUGCUUCGGUGUGGUAAAAGUUGCAGACUGAGAUGGAUGAAUUACCUGAGACCCAACCUCAAGAAGGGGAACUUCACUCAAGAAGAAACUGAUCUCAUCAUUCACCACCAUAGCUUACUGGGAAACAAAUGGGCACAGAUAGCAGCAAUUUUACCUGGAAGAACAGAUAACGAGAUAAAAAACUACUGGAACACCCACAUCAAACGUCAGCUCUAUGCCAACGGAAUCGACCCUGUGACCCAUAAACCACUCAACAAGGACAUGACAGAUCCACCUGCGAAUUCUCAAGUGUCUGAGGUUGUCACCACAAGUGAGAACAACAACAACAACGACAACAGCUAUUUCAAUGUUUUUCUCAAUUCAAAGGUGCAGAUCAGAAGUUAUGGUUACUCAACUGGUGAAUGCUCUAAUAACAGUAGUGGUGUUACCAUAGAGGAAGCUCAGCCUCGAAUCAACUUGAACCUUUCCUUAUCUCCACCACCAAAGCCCCAAGGUUUUUGCAUGAACCCUGAAUGGGUGCAACCACAAGGGCAACAAAAGGAGCGAGCUUUGUCUGCAAGGAAUAUGAAUGUUGAUGGUGGUAACCGAGGUGUGUGUCUGUGGUGCAGUCUAGGGUUGCAAAGUAACCAUGCUUGUAGCCGCAAAGACAAGGGUAGCAGUGAUGAUUGAUGAUGAUGCUACUACAGUGAUGAUUACUGAGGAUCAUCUCAUGGGACGAAAACAUGAACAUCUUAGGUUUAUAAUCGAAGGCUUAGUAGCUGUUGAAUUCCAGAAACUUUAGAAAUUUUCAGAUGAUUUUGGUUUCACUGAAUCAACUUGAAAAACUUCAUUUUACAUGUCCACUGACAAUUAAUGUCAAUG